AUGGCCAAUUCCGAUGACGAUGAUGCUUACCUAUAUGGGUCCGAUGAUGAGGAUCAGCCAGUAACUAAAAAACAAAAAACACAAACAUCAGGAGAGCUGACGACAAUUCUACUGAAAGACGGUGAUGCCGCGACUGACAGCAAUAAAGCCAAGGGUGAUGCAGCCGACAAAGAGAAAAAGAACGAGGGGGAUGAAGAGGAAGAAGAAGAUGAAGAAGAAGAAGAGGACGACGACGAUGAAGAUGACGAUGACGACGACGACGACGACAUUGACAUCAUAAUAGGAGAUAUGGCUCCCAAACCAUCAAUACCAGGCAACGACAUCCUAUCUGAAGUAGCAGCACCAUCCUCCUCAACAGGCACUCCAAACCCAUCCUCUUCAACACAAAUAACGACAAAAUCAACCACAGGAACAACUUCCAAACUUGACGUUGAUGCUAACCCCGAAUACGAAGGUAAACCAUUAACUCAAUUAGAUUUGGAAAUUUUCAAAGUCAAGCCAUGGCGAGCACCAGGAGCAGACAUUUCCGAUCACUUUAAUUUUGGAUUUGAUGAGUUCACUUGGAAUGCAUAUUGUCACAAACAAGAUAAGUUACGUGGUGAAUUUAAUCCACAAAAAAUUAUGGCUGAAAUAAUGAAGGGACCCGGGGGCCCUCUUCCAGGAACAGAGGUGGGCAAGAAUAGCCCGGCGCCAGGGAAAAAUGGUAUACCUCAACCUCCCAUGGGUAUGUUUCCUCCUGGUAUGCCUCCUAUGAUGAUGCCUCCUGGUAUGCAGAUGCCCCCUGGUAUGCAGAUGCCCCCUGGUAUGCAGAUGCCCCCUGGUAUGCAGAUGCCCCCUGGUAUGCAGAUGCCUAACAUGCCCAAUAUGCCCAAUAUGCCCAACAUGCCCAACAUGCCCAACAUGCCAAAUAUGCCCAAUUUCAACUUCAACAUGUCGCCGCCACCACCACCUCCGCCUAAAUAG